AUGCCUAAGGAGAAGGCUACCACGCGCAAGGCCGCCAAGGGCGCCGACAAGUCUGUUGGCAAGAAGAAGAAGGACCCCAACAUGCCCAAGCGUGGUCUAUCCGCCUACAUGUUCUUCGCCAAUGACCAGCGCGAGAAGGUCCGUGAGGAGAACCCAGGCAUCAAGUUCGGCGAGGUCGGCAAAGUUCUCGGCGAGAGGUGGAAGGCCUUGAACGAGAAGCAGAAGGCUCCCUAUGACGCCAAAGCUGCCGCCGACAAGAAGCGGUACGAGGAGGAGAAGGCUGCCUACACUGCCGGUGGCGACGAGGAGGAAGACGAGGAGUAG